CAUGGGAAAAAUUGGAAGAACAGUGUCUACCGCCUAUAGAACAGUUUUACAGUUCACUGACUGAGAAAAAUAUUUCCCAAGAUGAUUAUAAACACGCUCAAAAUGUAUGGAAUCGUUUUAAAUUCAAAACUUUAGGCGAAUACAGCUUAUGGUAUAACGAAUUGGAUGUACAUAUUUUAUGUGAUGUUUUUGAAGCUUUUAGGGAGCUCUGUUUAAAAACAUAUGAAAUCGAUUGCUGUCAUUAUUAUACUAUCCCUGGUAUGAGUUUCGAUGUGUGUUUGAAACACACUGAAGCCAAGUUGGAAUUGAUAUCAGACUAUGACAUGUUACUUAUGUUCGAGCAAGGUGUAAGAGGGGGAAUCUGUCAAGCUUCAAAGAGAUACUCUAAAGCUAACCACAGCAAGGCGCCCGUAUACAAUCCCGAAGAACCAAACAGAUGGAUAACAUAUCUUGAUGCAACAAAUCUAUAUGGUUGGGCAAUGUCGCAAACGAUACCAACUGGUAACUUCAAAUGGUACGAAGGAAAUCUUUCUGUACAAUCUAUUCAAAACCGUUUAGACAGAAUAGAUGACAAUUCGGAAAACGGGUUGAUUUUAGAGGUUGAUGUCGAAUACCCGAAAUCCCUUCAUGAUCAACAUUCAGAUCUGCCGUUUAUGUGUGAGAAGAUUACCCCUCCUGGUUCAAAGAUAAAAAAAUUAAUCUUGACGUUAAACGAUAAAAAAAAGUAUAUUGUGCACCACUCAAUUUUAAAGCAGGCUCUGAAGGAGGGUCUUGUUUUAAAAAAGGUGCAUAGGGUACUUCAAUUUGACCAAAGCCCUUGGUUAGCUAGCUAUAUUUCACUCAAUACGGAAAUGAGGAAAAAAGCAACCGACGAUUUCCAAAAGGACUUCUUUAAGCUCAUGAACAACGCAGUUUUUGGUAAAACCAUGGAGAAUGUGCGCAAUCGCAUGAAGAUGUCUCUUGUCUGCAGUCCUGCAGCUUUUCAAAAACUGAUAAACAAGCCUACAUUUAAGGGUGUAACGCAAUACAAUGAAAACUUGUAUGCGGUACACCUCCACAAGGCAGUUUUAACUUUUGAUAAGCCUAUUUAUGUAGGAUUUACUGUCUUGGAAAUCUCCAAGACUUUAAUGUAUAAUUUUCAUUACAAUGUAAUGAAAAAAUACUAUGGAUGUGACAUAGAACUGUUAUACAUGGAUACAGAUUCUCUAAUGUAUUUAAUUAAGACAGAUGACUUUUACCAUGACAUGCUAACCAAACCGGGUUUUCUGGAAAAAUUGGAUACAUCUAAUUUCCCGCCAUCUCAUCCGUGUUAUAGAACCGAGAGAAAAAAAGUUCCCGGAACUUUCACAGAUGAGACUGGAGGUGAAAUAAUCUCAGAACAAGUGGCUCUAAAACCAAAAUCGUAUGGUUACAUACAGGUUGGACAUGAACAUAUUAAAGCUAAGGGCGUUGCUUACCAUGUAAUAAAGAACCAUAUGACAUUUGAGGAUCAUAUGGAUUGUUUAUUCCAAGGUAUCAAUGGAAAAGAUCCAGCUGCAUUCAAUCCAUACCGUACGAUGAAUUCAUUCCGUUCUUAUAAAUAUAAUAUUAAAACCAUUUCAACCCUCAAGCUAGCGUUAAAUCGACAAGACGACAAGAGAGUUGUAUUACCUGACCGUAUACAUACUUUACCUUAUGGACAUUAUAAACUAAUGUAA